AUGGAGCCUCGGCUGAAAAAGACCUAUCAAGAUCAUCUUAACGCCAACGCAAAACGAAUUAUUUGUCGAUUUAAAUCUAAAGUUGGCCACACAAUGUCGAAAUCCCUUCUUGAAAAGCUUCCAAAACCUCAAACAUCAAAACCAUCAGUUCUAUCUCACACUAACAGUAAUCAUCCAUUCUCAACAGCAAUCCCUUCAUAUCCUCGCUUACAAAAAUUACCAAUCUCCCAUAGCUUCAAGCAAAAACCUAAGUCUUCACAGACCAUGAGAAGCACUUCCCAAGAGUCAAAACCAACCCUAAGGCUAAAUCUCAAAGAAAUUCUUCACAAAAAAUCAUUUGAAAAUCCAAAAUCAGAUCGGCUUAUUUACAUCCAGCCUAUCCCUAAACCUUUAAAGCAUAGCAAAGCUAUGAGUCUUGAAAACUCAUUUGCAGGGCCAAUCCCUAAAAUUUGUAAAACAAGCCGAGAAUAUAUAAAUACAUCAAAAGAUGAUAAAGAAAACGUUGAGGAAAACUAUGAUAUUUAUAGGACAGAAAUACUAGAAAUAUCAAAGGAGAAAUUAUUAAAGUCGCCUAAUAUCCAAGCUCUUUGUAAAAACAGCUUUGAAAUGUCUUUAGAAGAACUAGAGCCCAAGCUCACUAUGUUUUAUAACAGUUUACCAUUAUAA